CUUCUUGUAGUUACAGCUAUACUGUUUUGUUGCUUUGCGCAUGCGCACGCAAACACGUUUCUCUGCCCCACCAAGCAACUAGAUCCCAACGCGGAGAAAAAAAAAAGGACAUCGCUUCCAUCAAAAAAGGGAAGAAAAGCAUUAUGGUGCUCUCUUUGAACUCCAUCGCCGCCGUGUGUCAAAACAUGGGCAUCGGGAAGAACGGACAACUUCCUUGGCCCCCACUCAGGAAUGAGUUUAAGUACUUUCAGAAAAUGACUAUGACACCUACACAAGAAGGAAAACAGAAUGUAGUAAUAAUGGGGAAGAGGACUUGGUUCUCCAUUCCUGAAAAAAAUCGCCCUUUAAAAGACAGAAUCAAUAUUAUACUCAGCAGGGAAAUGAAGGAAGUUCCAAAAGGAGCCCAUUACCUAGCUAGAAGUCUAGAUGAGGCACUAGAUCUCCUACAAUCGCCAGAAUUGGAAAAUAAAAUAGACUUGGUUUGGAUAGUUGGAGGCAGUUCAGUUUAUAAGGCAGCAAUGGACAAGCCAAUUCAUCAUCGACUCUUUGUUACAAGAAUCUUACAUGACUUUGAAAGUGAUACAUUUUUUCCAGAAAUUGAUUUAGAAAAAUAUAAGCUGAUACCUAGCUAUGCAGGGGUCCCCACUGAUAUUCAGGAGGAGAAUGGCAUUCGCUACAGAUUUGAAGUUUAUGAAAAGAACAUCUAGAUUUGUUUGAUUUAUCAUCUUUUGCCUCAACAUCACUGUCUUAUGCAAAGUUACAUAGCAGUAAACCAUGCUGAAGCCCAUGAAAUUAAUUUCCAUACAAUACGCAUAGGCUCAGGCUGUAACCAAGCAUCUCUCAAUGCCCUUCCCAUCUCUACAUCUUUCCUUCUUUUUUCUCUGUUUCCAAGACCUGUUGAUGUGGAGACUUCGACCCAAGUAGCACAAUAUGGCACAGAAACGGCAAUGUACAAAUUCUCUAGAGUUUUGCAUACUUUUGCUGAAAAUUGCAUUCCAUGUUUUAUCUGAGAGAAUAAAUAGUUUAUAAAUGUCAAA